GAGAGUCCUUUGGGAAGAGUCACAGAGCGUUUUCCUCACACAGAGAGAGCGCAGAGCAGAGCUCGGGACUCAUCCGCAGGACGCAGCGCUGCCCCGAACACACACACCACCGACACGUCCCAGACCGCUGGGCUGAGGGAGAAGAAGAGAGAGCAAAGUGCGAGAAGAGGGAGAAAGAAGUGUCAGAUAAGGAUGACACCUGAUCUGGGUGCCAGUUGAUCUCUUUUUUUCUGUCUGACAGCUUCAACUGUGGAUCUCCAAGCGCAAGGAGUGACUUUUCAACAUCUGUUCACACUGGGACUGGCCGCGAUUUUUUGACAUUUUGGAUUCUACUCCAGUAUGAUUCACCCUACGUCUUAGUACACACGAGGACUAGAAUUGCAUGAAUUAUCACACGACUGCUUGAUUUGUAGCGAGGCUCACAGCCGCAGCAAAGCGCAACCACGUUGCUCCUCUUGAAUCAGAGUGAAGGAUCUACAGGAGAACAAGUGCACAGUCCGCUGAGGAGAGACCGGGAAACAGAAGGAGAGGCACCGAGCUGUGGAGAUUUGUUCAUGUUUGGGAUCCAGGAGAGCAUCCAGCGCAGCGGCAGCAGCCUGAAAGAGGAGCCGCUGGGAGGCAUGAACUCUGUCCGGAGCUGGAUGCAGGGGGGCGGCGUGCUGGACGCCAACACGGCCGCCCAAAGUGGAGUGGGUCUGGCCCGGGCUCACUUCGAGAAGCAGCCGCCCUCCAACCUGCGUAAAUCUAACUUCUUCCACUUCGUCCUGGCUCUGUACGACCGGCAGGGUCAGCCGGUGGAGAUCGAGAGGACCAACUUCGUGGGCUUCGUGGAGAAAGAGAAGGAGAUAACCGGAGAGAAGACCAAUAACGGGAUUCAUUACCGGCUGCAGCUUCUGUACAGUAACGGUAUCAGAACGGAGCAGGACUUCUAUGUUCGAUUCAUAGACUCCAUGACUAAACAGGCGAUUAUUUAUGAAGGCCAAGACAAGAACCCAGAGAUGUGCAGAGUGCUGCUGACACAUGAAAUCAUGUGCAGUUCUCCUCCUCUCCCCCUCUCUCUGCUUUUGGUCCUGACCCAGUUCAUAGAGCAGCAGAAAGGAAAUGUCAGAGCGAGCAGAGAGAAAGGCCGAGCAGCAGAUAGUGGAGACAAUGUGUAA